GUUCCAUCGGGAUUUUUAGCGACGAAAAUCAAAAGCCGGAUCCGACGAUCUUCUUCUCCGGCCACCACACCGUCGGGUUUCCAGCAAAAAAGAAAGAUUGUUUUCUCGAUCAAGAGCAUUUUUUUCAGCGGAAGUCCAACAGAAAUAUUUACCGACGGCGGAUGACCUGAAUUUCCACAAUCCCUGCCUCCGGCGGCGACGACUACCAACAAGACUUCCUCUCUCCACUAAUCGAAUUUCACCGAAGCCACGAGAAUGGGGUCGGAUAACAACACCGGAAUGGAGCGGAGGCUACUCGUGUCCCCGAAGUCACGAUCGGACGGCGGCGACGAGUCCUCCGCCGCCGGCGACGGCGCCCUGACGUGGAGCGUGUUCAUCCAGGAGCUGAAGCGGCUGGGCUACAUAGCCGGGCCGAUGGUGGCGGUGAAUCUCUCCCAGUACCUCCUCCAGGUGAUUUCCCUGAUGAUGGUUGGACACUUGGGGGAGCUGGAGCUCUCCAGCACCGCCAUAGCCGUUUCUCUCUCCAGCGUCACCGGUUUCAGCGUCCUCAUAGGAAUGUCAAGCGCGCUGGAAACGCUCUGCGGCCAAGCCUACGGCGCCGGACAGUACCGGAAGCUCGGAACCCAAACCUACACGGCCGUCUUCUGCCUCCUCUUAGCCUGCAUCCCCUUAACCCUCCUCUGGCUCAACAUGGAGUCCAUCCUCAUCUUCGUGGGCCAGGACCCAACCAUCUCCCACGAGGUCGGCAAGCUCCAGAUCUGGCUCGUCCCGUCUCUCUUCGCCUACGCGCUGGCCCAGCCCAUUCUCCGCUACCUCCAGGCCCAGAGCCUGGUCGCGCCCAUGCUCACGACAGCUGGCGUCACGGUCUGCUUCCACGUGCCGCUCUGCUGGGGGCUGGUGUUUAAAAGCGGGCUGAGGAACGUCGGGGCGGCGCUGGCCAUGUGUUUGUCGAACUGGCUGAGCUUUGUGAUCCUUGCCUUGUACGUCAAGUGUUCUCCCUCGUGUGCCAAGACUAGGGUUCCGGUGUCGAUGGAGCUGUUUCGGGAUAUCGGUGUGUUCUUUCGAUAUGCCGUCCCUUCCACAGUCAUGAUCUGCUUGGAAUGGUGGUCGUUUGAGCUUGUGGUGCUGCUUUCUGGUCUCUUGCCAAACCCUGAGCUUGAGACCUCAGUCCUCUCAGUAUGUCUAAACACCAUUGCAACUCUAUACUCAAUACCAUUUGGACUAGGUGCUGCGGCCAGCACUAGAGUGUCAAACGAGCUAGGACGUGGCAACCCAGAAGCAGCCCGAGUCUCGGUACGCACCGUCAUGUCCGUGGCAGCGGCCGAGGCGCUCCUCGUAAGCAGCAGCCUCUUCAUGUCCCGCCGCGUCUUCGGCUACAGCUUCAGCGACGAGAAGGAAGUGGUGGACUACGUGACCAAGAUGGCGCCAUUGCUGUGCCUGUCGGUCAUAAUGGACAGCCUUCAGGGUGUUCUUUCGGGUGUAGCCAGAGGUUGUGGAUGGCAGCAUAUUGGUGCUUACAUCAACCUCGGAGCGUUUUAUCUUUGCGGGUUUCCGGUGGGAAUCGUGUUAGGGUUUUGGACGAAUCUGAGAGGGAUGGGGCUGUGGAUUGGCGUGCUGGUUGGCGCGGUUGCGCAGACGGUGUUGUUGUUUGUUGUGACGAUGUGUACCAACUGGGAGAAACAGCCGGCGGAGGCUGAGAACAACGGCAUGGAGCAGAGCUUGUUGCUUCUGCCGCAAAAAUCAGUAGGAGGUGAUGAAGACGGCGGAGGGGUUUACAUCCAGGAAGCUAAGAGAUUAUGCACCAUAGCACUUCCCAUGGCAGCCAUCAACCUCUCGAUGGGUGCGUUGAACAUCAUAUCACUGAUGAUGGUUGGCCAUCUAGGUGAGCUCUCCCUCUCCAGCUCUGCCAUCGCCAUCUCUCUCUCCAACGUCACCUGCUUCAGCCUUCUUGUUGGGAUGUCAAGUGGUCUCGAGACACUCAACGGACAAGCCUAUGGAGCUCAGCAGUACAGGAAACUUGCAGUGCAAACAUACACCGCCAUCUUCUCGUUGAUAUCGGUCUGCAUCUUUCUCUCCUUGGCUUGGUUCAACAUGGAGAGUCUGUUGGUGCUGAUCGGUCAGGAUCCUGUCAUUGCUCAUGAAGCCGGGGCCUUCACUAGGUGGCUCGUGCCUGCGUUUUUCGCUGCUGCGGUGUACCAGCCACUGGUUAAGUACUACUUAGCACAGAGCUUGAUUACUCCCAUGUUGUUGUGCUCUUGUGUCACCAUCUUUCUCCACGUUCCUUUGUGUUGGGUUUUGAUCUUCAAGACUGGAUUGAACAACUUUGGUGGAGCAUUGUCAGUAGGGAUAUCCUACUGGUUGAAUGUUGUUUUCCUAGUUCUUUACAUGGCAUUCUCUCCUACUUGUGCCAAGACUCGUGCUCCGGUGUCGAUGGAGUUGUUUCGAGGGGUCGGGGAGUUCUUUCGAUUUGCGAUUCCUUCUGCAAUCAUGAUUUGCCUGCAAUGGUGGUCAUAUGAGUUUGUCAUCAUGCUAUCAGGGUUGUUGCCGAAUCCACAGCUCGAGACUUCGGUCCUCUCGAUUUGUCUCACAACAAUUGGGACACUCUUUGCAAUACCAUAUGGACUAGGUGCUGCAGUCAGCACUCGGGUUGCAAACGAGCUAGGAGCUGGGAACCCACAAGCUGCUCGUAGAUCGGUCUACACGAUCAUGAUCCUGGGAGUUGCAGAAUUGGCUGUAGUUGGUGGAAUCUUGUUUGCAGGAAGACAGAUGUUUGGAUACUUAUUCAGCGGUGAGACAGAAGUUGUGGAGGAUGUAUCCAAAAUGGCUCCCUUGGUUUGCCUCUCUAUUGUGGUGGAUGGCUUACAGGAGAUCCUUUCAGGAGUUGCGAGGGGAUGUGGGUGGCAGCACAUUGGAGCAUAUGUGAAUCUGGCUGCACUGUAUCUCUGUGGGAUUCCAGUUGCUGGUCUAUUGGGGUUUGUGUUCCAGCUAAGGGGAAAGGGGCUGUGGAUUGGGAUUCUAAUUGGUGCUACUUUGCAAACACUUCUUCUAGCUGUGGUCACAUUUUGCACCAAUUGGGAAAAACAGGUUUGCUUAGUUCAGUGCAGAUAUUAG